AUGGAGUUAGUUUGCAUAGAUUUUCUGAGUUUAGAACAAUCCAAAGGAGGCUUCGAGAGUAUUUUAGUCAUAACGGAUCACUUUACCAGAUUCGCUCAAGCCAUUCCAUGUAAAAAUCAAACUGCUCAUACUACAGCUAAAACUUUAUUUGAUAACUUCUUUCUACAUUACAGCUUUCCUGAGAAAUUACACAGUGACCAAGGACGUAACUUUGAGUCAAAAGUAAUCCAAGAACUCUGCAAACUCCUAGGAAUAAAGAAAACAAGGACUACGCCGUACCACCCGAUGGGAAAUGGCUCAGCUGAGCGAUUCAACCAAACACUCAUCAAAAUGCUCUCAACACUCAACGAGAAGCAGAAGUCAGACUGGAAAUCCCAUGUUGCUCCACUUGUUCAAGCCUACAAUGUGACCAGAAAUGAUGCAACGGGAUACACUCCACACUACCUGAUGUUCGGUUGGCAUCCUAAGCUUCCCAUAGAUGUAUUCUUUGGUAUGGACUUGGAACACGAGAAAGGAGAUCACCAUGGUUAUGUUGAGAAACUUAAGGACAGGAUGGUGUCAGCAUAUAGACAUGCCUCUCAAGAAGCUAGGAGAAUAUCUGACAAGAACAAGAAUAAGUAUGACCAGAGAGUGAGGUUCUGUAAGCUGGAGAUUGGAGACAGAGUCCUUGUGCGGAAAGUAGGAUUAAAGGGAAAGAAUAAACUAGCAGACAGAUGGGAUUCAGAAGUUUAUGUUAUCACAGAAAUUCCCAAUCCCGAGAUCCCUGUUUUCAGAGUGAAGAGUACAUCAGGACGAGCCACAAAGACACUGCACAGAAAUAUGCUGCUACCAUUUAACCAGAUACCAGCAUGUGACAUUGAUGAACCUGUUGUUUAUAGGACACCUGUGACAAGGAGGAACAAGAAGCCUAAGAAUUCUGAUGAACUUCCGGAGUCCGAUUCUGAGAGUUCGGAUGAUGAAGUAACAAUUGAAGUGAAAUCAAGGAUACCCAGAAAUAGAGAUGAGUUCAGCAAAGAAUCAUCAGAUCAACACAGUGUAUCAAGAUCUAAAGUUUCUAGUGUAUCAGAUGGUACUAAUCAAAAUAUUUCUUCAUUUCAGAAUUCAAGUCCUUCCUUUCAGAGUGUGAGUUCUCCCAGACAGUCAGGUUACACCAGUGAGUCAGACAGCAGUAGUACCAGAGCUUCUGUGAGCGGUCCACAUAGUCAGUUUAUUUCAGACCAAUCACAGUCGCCUUUACCGAUUUUGCCGAGACGGUCGACCAGAAUGAAAAAAUUCCCAGAUCGGUAUGGGGAAUGGAUAAUGUAA